AUGGCCCUCAGAAUCUGUCUCCCUUUCCUCUGUUCCUCUAUUUCACGCAUUAUUCUCCUCUCCAUCCUGCUCCCGGCGCUGUUGUUCCUGCACCUGCCCAGCGUGGUGAAAGCUGACUGCUGGCUCAUAGAGGGGGAUAAAGGCUAUGUUUGGUUGGCUAUCUGCAGUCAGAACCAGCCUCCAUAUGAGACCAUCCCCACACAUAUCAACAACACGGUCCAUGAUCUUAGGCUGAAUGAGAACAAGCUGAAGGCUGUACUGUUUACUUCCAUGUAUCGCUUCACCAACCUCACUGACCUCAACCUCACCAAGAACGAGAUCAGCUAUAUUGAGGAUGGAGCCUUCGCCGGCCAGGCCAACCUGCAGGUUCUCCAGCUGGGAUACAACAAGUUGACUAACCUGACCGAAGGUAUGCUUCGAGGCCUGGGCCGCAUGCAGUGCCUCUUCCUCCAGCAUAACCUCAUUGAGGUCAUUGCCAGCAAUGCCUUCUGGGAGUGCCCAAGCCUCAGCAGCCUAGAUCUGUCCUCCAACAAGCUGGCACGCCUCGACCCCUCCACCUUCAGCGUCCUCAACAGGUUGAUGGUGUGUGAAUUGGCAGGGAACCCGUUCCACUGUGGUUGUGAGCUGUACAGCUUCCUGACCUGGCUCGAGGCAUUUAAUAAUGUCACCCACACAUACGACCGGCUCCAGUGUGAGACCCCGCGGGAGAUGUUUAGCUACCCGCUGCUGAGCCCCGUGCCGGGGCAUGGGAGGAACGCACGGUCAAUUCUGUCGUCUAUCUGUCGAGAUGGUAUCAUUAUUCCGGGGAUACCGUCAUUGCGUCCAGACUUGGACGGUUCAGGAAUGGGGUUGGAUAACCCCGACCAAGGCCUCUAUCACCAGCCCACUGUGUCCUCCACAGCUGACCCCACCUUCAACCAUCAGAUUUCCAUCAAGCUGCAAACCGUCUCUCUUUACUCUGCUUCGCUGUUGGUCCAGAUUCCCAAGCCGUAUAGUAAGAUGUACAUCCUUUCCCAGUACAACCACAGCUUCUCUGCGGACAUCAAGCCCCUGAAGAACAUGAAGGAAACUGUAACUCUGGACAAACUGAAGCCUCACACCAACUACACCUUGUGUGUGGCAUCCAUAAGCAAAUCCCAGCGUUACAACCAUACCUGCUUGUUUUUUGCUACCCGGGCAAUGGGGCCAGAGCAGCCACAAAACCCAUCUACCACGACCCACUACAUAAUGACCAUUCUGGGCUGCCUCUUUGGCAUGGUCAUCGUACUGGGUUUUGUUUACUACUGUCUUCGACGGCGACGCAUCCAGGAAGAGAAGGAGAAGGCCAUUAGUGUGAAGAAAACGAUCCUGGAGAUGAGGUAUGGCCCUGAGGCAGCAGCAGCUGUGGCUAAUGACCCGGGUGCCAUGCAGCGUCUCCAGGAGCAGUCGCACCACCAACACCACCAUGCUGGGGGAGCAGGGGGAAAACUGCCCACCUCUGCCUCCUCCAGCUCUGGCAUGCUCCACAGCUCAGCCAAUACCACCUCCUCCCGCCUUUCCACCCUGCCCCAGGUGGAGAAAAUGGCCACUGCCUUCUCUGAGGCCAUGAGCGGCAAGAGCAACUACAUGGAUGUGAGGACUGGGGGAGUGGCAGGGGAAGGAAGAGAUGGAGGGGUGGCAGCCAGCAGUGCAGGAGCAGGAGAGGAGGCGAUAGUGGAUAUGCAAGGGGGUUCAGAGAAUGGGACAGGGGCUGGGGAGGAUUCGGAUGACGAUGGCCAUGGCUCAGCGUCCGAGAUCUCCACCAUCGCCAAGGAGGUGGACAAGGUCAACCAGAUCAUCAACAACUGCAUUGAUGCCCUGAAGUUGGAUGCAUCUGCCACCUCUGACAACAUCAACCCUGUGUCCUCUGCUCAGCCUCCAACCUGCAUCACCUCUCUACCCCGGAAUCUUCUGCCUCUCUCCCCAGGCCACCCUGGUGACCAGAUCAUGGCCUCUUCACCCAAGAUUCAACCAAAGCCACAUCCCUCUACCCACGCCCAGCCUCAUCCACAGAUUCACACUCAGCCUCAUCCCCCGUCCAUGGCCCCAGUGCCUUUGGUAAUGCCCCUGUCUGAGCGACCAGGAAUCAGUGGUGGGGGAUUUCUCUCCCCACCUUACCGGGACCCUCCACCAGCCAAUGCAGUGCGGCCUCUUCAAAGGCAGCUGAGUGCUGACACAGCUGUGGCAGCAGGGAUGAAAAACCGCUGCAGCACCACUCCCGCAGGGGGAUCCAUCAAGAGUGCUAGAGUAUAUAGCGUGGAUGUCCCAGAGCAGCGCAGCCCUGAUCCUUGCAAAUACCCCCUGGAAAAGGGCAGCCCAGUGGGCUGCAGUGGAGCAGGAGGUGCUGGAGGUGGGGGCUGCAGUGGGAAUGGGAUGGGGAACAUCAAUGGCGGUGGAGUGAGCAUGAAUGGAGGAGGCAUGGGGUGUGGUAAUGGGAGUGGGGGAGGUAAUGGAGGUGGGGUGGCAGGCACUGGGCAGCAGCAACACCUGGAGGUUCUGCCAGACUAUCACAGUUCUGAGCAUCGCCACUCUUUCCCAGCGCUUUACUAUGAGGGUGCCAACGACUGCCCUUCACCAGCCCAGAAGGCCUCAUUUCUCAAGCCACUGGGGCGCUCCAAGCGGGAUGCCACAGCAACCUACUCUCAACUCUCGCCUUCACGACACCACAACUACAACUCAGGCUACUCAUCCAGCCCCGAGUACUCCUCAGAGAGCACACUGCGCAUCUGGGAGCGAUUCCGGCCUUACAAGAAAAGCCCCCGCGAGGAGGCCUCCUACAUAGCAGCGGGCCAUGCUCUGCGCAAGAAGGUGCAGUUUGCUAAAGACGAGGACCUCCAUGAUAUUUUGGACUACUGGAAGGGGGUGUCUGCCCAGCAAAAGUUGUGA